AUGCCCCGGUCAGUAGUGAGAGCGAUUAGCAAUGCCCAAUCUCUUAUAGAGCGGAAAAUGGUUCACUGCUUCGAGAAAAUGCUUUCAUUACCGCACUGGGAAUGGGGACAGGGACUCGCACUAGCCCUACGGACAAAUAGCUUACAGCAAGUGAACCACUCUAAAGGCCCUUUCUCAGUAGUGAAGGUGAAGGCAAGGCCGGUAAACAAGACCUUAAAAGAAGAGAGCUGCAAGGGUUGUGCUGCCAAGGAUCUUGGAGGUGUAGACCCUACGUCUGAAGCAAGUGGAAAUCUUUCUUUCUUUCGAACCAUCGGUACUCGUCUACCAUUGCAUAGGCCGACAUUGACUACCCCAUUCAACAAUUUCUUUCUCAAUGCUGAUCACAGCCGUCUUUCGUAG